CCCUGCCAAUCUAUCCCUUUCAGGCUUUCGGUUUUGUUUUGAGCCUGCGUAUGUAUGUUUGACAACUGUUCCCACUCCCUCCUUUUCGGAGUCGUCGGACGCCGUUUUCUGAAACGCGCGAUGGUUUUGUUGUCGUUAGGAGGGAGCACAGUGACGUGACGCGAUGACGCCCACUUGCAGCUAGUUGCGCUGGCGAGAGACGUUUUUAAGUAAAGAUGAGUUGCUGCCACCAAAGGGAAUGGCUGUAGGAGGCAAGUACAAUGGAACUCGUAGUGACCAAGCCCUACAAAGGCUUCUGGCUUCACUGGAGCAGGUGUGCCAGAAAGCUCACAGUGGGGAUGACGACCGUGCCUUCCUUGCUGCUCUGCUCCAAAACAAAGCCCUCCAAGCCUUGGUUCAUAUACAUACAAAGAUUGUCAGCUUCAGCAACAGAGGAAUUGCUCCUUCCAGCUGUGAUGCCUCACUCACUGCCGAAAAGGUGUUACAUGCCCUCCAAAAAAAUAUGGAGCCAGAGGCUGAGGAGCUCUGUAUUUUGAUAUCUUCCCCACAUGUCAAGGCUUUGCUUGGGGCCCAUGAUAUUAUAGCAAAAAAGGACUUUCUACCAUCGCUCACAGAAGCAAUCUAUGAAGCUGAAGAGGAUGAAGAGACCAUCAAGAUAGUCCAGCUUGUGAAAAGCAACGAGCCAUUAGGUGCCACCAUUAAGUACAAUGAAAUUGCUAAAGCAAUCACUAUUGCAAGGAUUAUGCAUGGAGGGGCUGCUGACAGAAGUGGUCUUAUCCAUGUUGGUGAUGAAGUCCAUGAAGUGAAUGGGGUUAGUCUGAAAGGCAAGGCACCACAUGAUGUCGUCAGCAUUUUGCAGCAGAGCCAGGCGGGGACCAUUACUCUGAAACUCGUUCCAGCUGAGGAAGCUUCUGUUGGUCGUGAGAGCCGAGUACGUGUCCGGGCACUGUUUGACUAUGAUCCUGCAGCAGAUCCACUGAUUCCAUGCAAGGAAGCAGGCCUGCAAUUUCACCGGGGCCAAGUACUGCACCUGGUUAGCCAAGAUGACUCCAAUUGGUGGCAGGCACGCUGGGAGGGACAGCGAUCAGCUCGUGCAGGACUCAUACCUGCACAAAGCCUCCAGGAGAGGCGAUUCGCAUCAUUGCGAGUGAUGAAUCAGGAGGAUGAUGAUGAGGGCCUGCCAGCAGGCUGCUACUCGCCAAUGCGCAAAGAGCUGAAGGCUCGGAGAGCCAAGAAGGUCAUGUAUGAUGUCUCUGACAAUGAAGACUUUGAUCGAGAGCUUAUUUCAACUUAUGAAGAGGUUGCCAAGCUUUAUCCAAGGCCUGGACUUAACCGUCCCAUUGUGCUCAUUGGUCCUCCAGGUGUUGGUCGCAACGAACUAAAGCGAAGGCUUGUUGCAAGUGAUCCUGACAAGUUUAAAACUACAAUUCCUUAUACGAGUCGUCCCAUUAAGCCCUGGGAGGUUGAUGGUCGAGAUUACUAUUUUGUGAGCCGAUCUGAAAUGGAAGAAAAGAUCCGGCAAGGGCGCUUUGUUGAGCACGGGGAGUACAGAGGCAACCUUUAUGGGACCAGCCUUGACACUGUUCGGGCCAUCAUUGACCUGGGCUACACAUGCGUGCUGAAUCCACAUCCACAGGCACUGAAAAUGCUGAGAACGGCGGAGCUUAAGCCAUUCGUAAUAUUUAUCAAGCCUCCAAGCAUUGAAAUACUGAAGGAGACAAGAAAUAAGGCUUGUGCACGUUCUACAUUUGAUGAAAACUGCUCACGAGGGUUUACGGAUGAUGAAUUCCAUGACAUUGUUUAUUUGGGCCACAAGAUGGAUUUCCUGUAUGGUCACAUGUUUGAUCUGACCAUUGUAAACGAGGACCUUCCUCGUGCCUUCUACCAACUGAUGACAGCUGUGAAAGCAGUGGAAGCAGAACCACAGCUGCUACCAUGCAAACGGGGCUACCAACUGGAAAGUGUGCUAUCCUCCCACAGUACAGAAGUGAAAACCUGAAUGAAAAUGCAUUGCAAGUUUCUCCUGAGGUGGAUUUGACUCAUUUCAGAAAAAACUCCUCAUACAUUGAGCACAAGUGGGAGAUGUUCAUUUGGAAUGGUGCUUCAUUAUUUGUGAAGAAGUUGAGCAGCACUUGAUAUGGUAAUACAUUCAGUCUAUAAAGGUUAAAAAAAAGGGAGGCGUGGCUGGUGUUUCAUGUUCACACUUACACCUUCAGUGAAGUGCACAUUAAGCACAAAAAUAAAUAUGAACAAAAAAUACUUGCUUAUGAUUUUGCAAUUAUUUUAGUUAUGUGGUUUGCAUUUGGCAUCAAACUUUGCAAUUAGCUCAUGACAGUUGUUGAGAUGUCAAAGCUGAUAAUUCCCUUCUAUUGAGAGGACACCUGAACUCGGAUGCAUUUUCUUUCAUUCAACUGGGACACUGAUAGGCAGUUAUGAGUUCCAGCCCAUAAAGUUUGUGUACCUGCCCACAUCUCUCAAUAUAGGGGUUCAAAGCACUUACUUUCACCACAGAUUGUCCUGAAGCACAUGCUUCCUAGGAAAAAUAAGAUGCUUUAACAUCUGAUAAGUACUGCCUUUAACUUCACGAUAAGCCCAGAGUUCGCCCUCAGGAAGUAGUAAUGUUUAGGUAAUUUGCCGUUUCGUAAUGAUGAUUAAUGUUUCAUUUAUUGUGUAGCACACCAUGUAGCUUAGGUCGAAUGGCAGAGAUUGCAUAGUGUUUUUAACAUUAUAAUUUUUUUUAAUAAACUUGCAGAAAAUUAACUCUGUACCUAGUACUGUUUAGGCCAGAUGGGGAAAAGUUACUGACUUACAUUCUCUAUAUUACUAUGUUGCAGUAGUUCCUCGUAGCAGAGCGAAAGCUAUGAGGCCUCUGAGCUCAGAUUCUUGCUCAGCAACAUGUAGUGCCAUAGUUCAGAACCCGCUGUUUGACUAAAUAGCCUGCAGGUGCUCUUGUUGGCAGCUGUUUACUUGGAAGCUUUAACUGCAGGUUGCAGCUGUGGUUUUUGGUGCAAGAUAUUGCUUCACUUAAUCAAAUAUUUAUUGAAGCUCUACGAUACUGAAAAUUGAGUUCUCAGUUUUUUUUUUUUCAAGUGAGAACGUGUAAAGAACAAAAGAAAUCAAUGCAAUGUUGCCGUAUAGGCAUUAUUUGCAUAUAAAAAGUACAAACAAUUAUUUGCUUUGACACUGGCUCAAUUCAUAUGUGUAGUCGGCACAGCCACAGCACCGCAGGCGGCUCCUUCUUUCGUGAGAAUGCUGUCCUCAACUCGCCUGUGCCGUGUCGUUCCAAGCUGCUCUUUUACGCGAAAGGAACGGAGCAGCUGGCGUUGAACGUUCUUGGAACUUUGCAGAGGGAGUGCAGUAAAGGUGCAAGCGUCCACUUUGUAAUUAAGCGAAUGGCUGCACUUGCCAACAUCAGCAAGUGCACGCCUGUACAAGUGGAUGUUACUUAAUAAACGGAAAAUCAGACAUCCACCCUUUCGGAGCAAUUGCUACAAAAGAAACCCUUUUUCAACUCUGAGGCUUUUCUUUCGAGGAACCCGUAUGAGUUUCCUUUGUAGCAAUUGCUACGAACAGGCGGAUGUCUGAUUUUCUUUUUAUUAAUUACUUUUCUCCACCUUGCGGGUUUCCGCAGAACUACUAUUUCAAGUGGAUGUUAUACGAGAGAUCGAGAGAUGGUGUCACCAUAUUGUGCAAUGUUGCAUGCUAGCUGAGCACUCCUUCCCAAUCUUCCACUUCCUCAGUCUCCAGAACCCUUCUCCUCUGUAUCUCGUAGAUGCAUGCCUUUUCAGUGACAGUAAGUAUUAAACUCGUGCCAUAAUACAUUAAAAUUUCAGAGAGGUGAACCACUUACCUCUCCAUUUCGUGCGUACACCGCUGCUCACAUUCACAAGCAAAGAGCAAACUUAGACGCCCUGCAGCGUCUUCAAGUGAAGCAUGGCCUUUUCAUUUCUUGCUUGCGCAGCUGCGCACGUUGACAAGCAAAUUGUGAGCGGAAGCACUCAGCAGUGUUGUCACAUAAAGCUUGGUAUUUCCAAUUCGUGUGUGCAUAGCUGCACAUGUUCGCAGGGACGCCCAGUGGUCCAUCUUCAUGUAAUGCUAAGCCGGAGAUUGCCAGUAACGCACAUUGGACUGACCAUAUGUCUGCCACUGUGAAGCGCAUGCCUUGGGUGUUUACCACAAGUAUAACUGUCAUCAGACAAACAUCUCGCUAUCACCGGCACAGAAAACGAACUUAACACCCCUGCUAUUGCUGCGUAGUUGCCCAGUGUUCAUAUAUGCUGUGGAUGCCAGAAAAAAGAUAGAAAAAGAUGCAUAACUGUCAUUAUGGCAUUUUUGUUACUGCUGGCAGAUAAAUACAUGCCAUGUUCUGUUUUUAGUGCUUCCCUGAACACUUGCGGUCUCCCCAAGUGAGCUGACAAGCUGCAGAGGGACACAUUUCAAUAUGUACUCGCUCUCCUGAUUGGUCGAAGAAGCCUGUAGCUUCCAAUGUGCUGUGAGGAACAACUGAAAUGGAGUAUAGUUAGAUGCAUCUUGUAGCAAAGCUUUUCUCGACAUGCUUUGUACCAAAGAGAAUAUUUAUUAUGCAAAAAAAAAGUAUAUAUCUGGUCUUUUGGCAUUGUAGUCCGUGGUCACCUUGGGCAUUGUUAAAACGUCUGCUGUAUUUGUUUUAAUUAGGUGUGUUUCUCGGUUUCUGCCUUGUUUGCCGUUGUGCUUUGGGUUAAAACUUUGCAUGUACGAAAACCACGCCAUGCACUAAGUUAAACCAAAAUUUUUGGUGAUAGCUUUUUCAAGAGGCUAUCACUGCUUAUUUAGCACAGUAUUCCCACAUUCAUCUUAGUGUUCGCUUAAGUUAUAGCAACGUGUAAGCCAUGAAAAAAAAAAAGCUUUUUUUUCCGCAGCCUGGAUGCAAGGCCUGCAUUUGCAGCAUCAGAUUUGAAUGGAGCUGAAUCACCCGCCCUUGAUUUCUGGCAGUUCACUUAAGCUUCAAGGAAAUUCAGCUUUUUAAGUUUUUAAAAGAAAACAUGUUUGGCCAGCUUACAUACUUAUUUUUCUUUUGACAGCAUUCGAAUGUUCAUGUUACCAUCAUACAGGAGGACCCCGUAACAGUGACGUCACAUGUUAGAAUCAAGUUAUAGUUAAAAUGCCAGCCUGUUUGUUUUGUGGCAGAAAUCUGCCACUGUAGAAAAGCAAACUCACUAGUAUAUACCAGCAGCCACAGUUAUGCUGUUGCACAUUGGAAAUGCACAUUCCUGAAUCAAUUGCUGCUCAGCAGGCUAAAUCCAAGCUCUGAGUAUUCACUGUUUGUGACAUACCCUGAUGUUUUUCUGGAGGAUUGUUCACCAUAAUCAGCUGCUCUUCUUUAUGGGUGGUGUGCAUGCUUUUCAGCGCACUGGGGGCUUAGGUAAUCGUGUCAGUGCAUUCCAGGUUUCUGUGUCAAUAUUUAUAUCAAUUGACAUGUUAAUGAGCUGUUUAUUCAGUGUGCAAUUCUGUUCACUGGAGUAACAAUAGUGCCCAGAGUAAACAUUAAGCAGUGUUUCAACUGGUUUACUAAUAUGAUUGGGUUCUACUGUAUUUGUGACUUUGCAUUGUACACUCCAGCUGCAGUUCAGUGCGCAUAUUUUUAAGCAUUCCAUGAGCACAUUUUUAUCUGCACAUUGUAACCCGUCAGGCAUGAAAGUUUAGUGCCUCGAUUAUUGUAUGUGUCCAAGUGUGUGAUUAAUCAGUCCAUUUUUACCUGACCUGGCCAGAAAGUAUAGUGCAUCUUCUUUGUGUGUGCCAAUGAGUAACAAGUAAGCAUGUUACUGGACAGUGUUGUUCAUAUUUAAAAAAAAGUAUUUUUGACACUUA